AAAAUUUUGAAUGUCUUUACUUUAUAUUUUUAUUAUUAUUUUUCUUUUUGGGGGUGGGGGGGGGUGUUUGAUUAAUGUUAAUUAGUACUCUACUAAUUAUAUUAUAUCUGUUCACUAUUAUAAUUAUUUCACGUUGCUGCAAUCUUUAAAAUUAAAGAUCUUUAUUUUGUUUACGUCGUCUAAGGUGGGGGUGUACUGUACAUACGGGUACAUCAAACCAUAGACCCUACCUCGACGUGAUUUAAAUUGGGUUGUUGCUUUUAAAUCAACCCGACAAAUAUCCUUGAACAGGAACGAUUUCAAUACCUUGACGGGAUUUAUUUUGGGUGGUUGUUUAGGCAUAUCCUAGAAUAAGAUCAAGCCACUAGGGCCGCUAUUUUUCCCCCGGAAAAAAAGAUUUGCUGUUUUCUUAACCAAUCCAAUAAAAACCUGAUUACUGUCAUGAAGACUUUAACAGGAGGAAUUUCAGUAGGUACAAUGCCAAUGUUCUCUGCAUCAUCCUUAUUCUCAGCCUACGCCUCAUUGACAGCAUUAGUCACAUUAAUUCAGCAAUUCUACCAUCAGAUUGUUCCGAAACAGGUACGUAACUACAUUAGUCUAAAACUCGAAGAAUGGUUCACUAAAGCUAGCUCCGCCACUACAUCAUUCACUCUAGUCAUCGAGCAAUUUGAAGACGGCGAAUUUGACUCGUUCAAUCAAGUGUAUAGUGCUUGUGAGGCUUACUUAGCUAGCAAGCUGAGGUCUACUUCGACACGUCUCAAGGUUAGUAGGCCUAAUAAGAAGGAUCGUGUAUCGUUUAAGUUAGCACAAGGUGAGAAGUUUUCUGAAGUUUUUGAGGGUAUUCAACUAGAGUGGAGUUUUAUAUGUAACAAUGCUACUAAUUACAGUAGUCAUUCUGAUGUUGAGGAUAGUAGGUCGAGUAAAUCACGUCUACGAAACAACUUUUACUUUGAGCUUUCCUUUGAUCCUGAUUAUAAGGAUAAAGUUUUAGAUUCGUAUUUACCUUAUAUACUUAAAUUUUAUGAUGACAUGGUGGAGAAAAAAAAGGAUUUGAAAUUAUACACCCUUGAUUGUGGGGGUGGAAAAUCUGGUAGUUGGAGAUCAGUAAAGUUCAAACACCCCUUUACAUUUGAUGCUCUUGCUAUGGAACCGGAAGUGAAAAAGGCGGUGGUUGAUGAUUUGGAAAGGUUCUUAGGAAGAAGGGAGUUUUACAAAAAAGUUGGGAGGGCUUGGAAGAGAGGGUACUUGCUGUAUGGUCCUCCUGGAACAGGAAAGUCUAGUUUGAUAGCUGCUAUGGCUAAUCACCUCAAAUUCGACGUCUAUGAUCUGCAGCUUUCGUCUGUGCUUAAUGAUUCAGUGUUGAGAAGAUUGUUGCUUUCAACGUCGAAUAAGUCCAUACUUGUCAUUGAGGAUAUUGACUGCAGCUUGGGUCUGGCAGAUCGCCAAGUCCAUCUUGUUAAUGAAGGCAAGGACAAAUACAGAAAUGAUGUUGACAUGGAUUCACAUUCACAGCAAUCACAGAUAUCAUUGUCAGGUUUGCUGAAUUUCAUUGAUGGUCUAUGGUCUAGUUGUGGGGAUGAACGAAUAUUUGUCUUCACGACGAACCAUAAGGAGAAGCUUGAUUCUGCAUUAUUGAGGCCAGGGCGGAUGGAUAUGCACAUUAACAUGUCCUACUUGACCAUGCCUGCUUUCAGGAUCCUCGCGCUUAAUUACCUCAAUAUAUCAGGGGAGCAUUAUCUCUUUAAGGAGAUUGAAGAACUCAUUCAAGCUACAAAAGUGAGCCCUGCUCAAGUUGCAGAGGAGCUAAUAAGGAGUGAUGAUCCUGAUAUCGCUCUUUCUAGUCUUGUCAAAAUGCUGAAGGAGCAAAAAAUGGAGCACAGUCCGAAAAAAGUAAACUUUACAAAGUUGAUGAAUGGAAAGGUUGGAAAUUGUCUAGGAAGUUAUAACAAUGGUGUACAUGAUUUUUCAGAUGAUUAUUCUAGUGAUUAGGCUUAGAAUAGUAAGUACUACUCUUAUCUGACAAGAAAUAUGUUAGAAAUUAGAACAACUUUUCCCUUGUUCAUUUGUGCCAGCUUCUUAUGAACUUUUAAUGUUUGUUUGUUCUUCCACGAAAUAAAAGCAUACUUUUUUGUUCUAAUUUUACUUUUGA